GGAUAGAAAAUGGCUGAAUCUAGUGAUUCUGGCUCAGUUCUGAGCUUGCAAACGGAUACUGCGGCUGAAAAAAAAUCCGAAGAGGAGAAACGCUUCUAUGCGUUGUAUUCCUUCAAUGCUAAGAGGGGGCAUGGAGCAGAUGACCCUGCUUCCCCUGAGUCUGGUGGUGAUACGGAAGAGGGUAGUACUUGUCUGAGCGUAGCUGCAACAAACCUUGCAGCACAUACAGAAACAGAUCUGAGGAAGUCCCUGUCGUACAAGUUAUUGAGCAAGACUAGGCCAUAUGGAGAGGGACAUGUUUUUUCAGUGGGCCUCAGUUUCACAGACAGCAUAUCAACAUCUGCGUCUUGUUAUUACUGCAUUUUGAAGUCGUCGUCAGACAGUUUAGGUUUUGAUCACGUUACACAAGAUGGUGUGGCAGAAGCAGGUGGAGACAACGACUGUCAAGAAUUUGUUGUGUGUUUUAUCUCGUUCCUUGAAAGUUCACUUGACUUAUUUCGUACUGAACUGGAUGAGUACUCCCAGGGUUUGACACCUUUGCUAGACAAGGAGCCCCUUGUCCCUCGCUCCUCAUCUGGAGGCAAUCUUGACUCCCUUAACAAUGCCUCUUCCAACACAAGCGCGGAAGCCACACAGCCGAAAGAGCUCAGCCAACUUGGGGCAGGAAUCCAAAGUUACCUGGAACAGUGGCCACCUGUGGUUCUGGGUUUUCUGACCCGCACCCUGCAAUGUAUGGGGCCUGAGAUACAGCAGCUCAUCUAUGCAGCUUUGCUGAACGCCAAUCUUCAGGUUUCUGGAGCGUCAGCACAGUUAGAACAAGACAUCAAAAAGUUCUUCCAGUGUUGUAGCUUGUCUGGGUUGUUGGAGAAGCCUCAGUCAGACAACACGUCCAGCUUGACCAGUUUGGACAACUGUGACCAGUGGCAGCUACAGCCUGUGGUUGUCUCGGUGACGGUGAAGGAUGGCACGGCUAGUUUUGAGAAGACGUACAGUUGUCAGUUUUGCAAGAAUGUCACAGACAAGUUGAUGGCACAGGAUCAGUCAAAUGUGACUAACAUCAGAGAUUUCUUGGAGUCCAUUAAACUUGCUUUCGCCCACAACCUGAACAAGUUGAAAAGAUUCUUGGGACAAGCAGAAGUGGACUUUUAUGUUCUAUACAGGGCUUUGUCGUAUCUUCGCAAGUGUGGCUGUGGUGAAUUGUUGCUGCGCUACGUGAAGCUGGACGCAUCCUCUGAAACACUCAGCGUCGUCUCAGUACUGGAGACAUUUAUAAAGGAAAUGAAACAAACUCUGUCUUGAGGUUAAAGAGACAGACACUGUCAUCACGAGGUUAAUGAAACCAACUCCAUCGUGAAAGAAAUGAAACAAGACUCUGUUUGAGCUCUUCUCAUACCCUGUCACAGAACUUCCUUGGUGAUAGUUUGCUCAAACUUGGCAUAAUGUACGUCAUCAUAUCCUUUUGUCGUGGGCACUGCCUGCCGUUGUUGUCAACAAAGUGCAAGAGCCACAUGUUGGGUGUUCGCAUGAGGAUACCUAUUCCAGUGCUGGUUUCUUGUCUUGCAUGUAAUCACGGUAAAGUGUGUGUGCAUGUGCACGCACUUGUGCUUGUGUAUGUGUGUGUGUGCGUGCACAGGAAAAAACCAUCAAAAUUUGUAAACAUCAGUGCCAAGUCGGGAAGACAGGAUUUUAAGGUGUUUUUCUUUAACUGCAUUGACAUGUUGUUCCCAUGUAAACUUUAACCUUUUUUAUUUUUUAUUCAAAUAAGAUAACUUCAAAUUUUUAAAAAGCAAAAUACUCUGGAUGAAAGGUUGCAGGACUGCCAUUUUAUCAAAGUGAUGUUGGAGGCUGUAUGGUGGGUUUCUCUGUGCAGCCACACAUACAUGCAUAUGUACAUAUAUACACAGGCUUGCACUUGCAUGUUCACACACACACACACACACACACACACACACACGCAAACACACUCACACACACAGUCACCCACCACAACUGGCACACACACAAACACCCACACGACACGCAGACAUAUGUACACGCUUACACAAAUAACAUAUGUAUACAUUGUACUUGUGCUUGUUACGCUUGAAAAAGAGACUAUGGUAUCUGUCAUACACUUUGUUUAGUCCAAAUUCUUACUGCUGAGUUGUUGGUUCUUCACUGGUUGUGAGUCACAGACGCACUUGUUCUCUAUUGUCUCUUUUACAGAAGCUAUUUACACUACAGUAAAAAGCAAAAUAAUAAUAAAUGAAAAAAAUGAAACAACGUUCGUUUCAUGUAUUGUCGCCAAAUUUUUUGUCCUGAAAAUAAAGAUAUACAUGAUCUUAUGCAGUGGAGAAUGCUGUAAAACUUUUAUCAAGCAAAAUAAAACUACCCCAGAUUUUGUCAAUUUAUUUUUUGCACCACAACUUACAGCGCUGGGCUUGGUGAUAUCUCGAGUUCUAAGCAGCAUUUUCACUUCAUCCACCUUUUGUUUUUAAUGUUAAGCUGUUAUUUCUACCUCUGUGGAUGGUUUGCAGUUUAAUCUUUUUAGAGAGUGCGUGGCAUUUGGGUGAUGGUUGGUGGGUGCUCUGGUGCGGUUUGCUACUUCUAUUCUGCCACACAGCUGUCAUCCUUAAUCUGUCCUCCCUCUUUUCUAACCUGGCCACUGCCUCUGAUCUUUGUUUAUUACUCUAUAUAACACCUCUAAUCUUUAACACUUUUAUGACCUAUUUGUGUUCCAAGUUCUGUAAAACUCUUACCAAGACUAAAUGAAAGCAAAUGUUAUUUUUUCUUUGAAUGUCAGGAAGCAAUAUUGCUUGACAGAGAGGAAGUUUGCAUACAGUGAGAGUUGGCAAAUAAAUAGCACUCUUUUCUUUUAUUUAUAUGUUUGUUAUAAUGUUUUCAUGUCUGGUAUAGUGUUCUUUAUAUAUAUAAGUUCUUUUAAAGGUAUUGAUUGACAAGUUUGAUUUAAUUAAGUAUGUCAGUUUUUGUUUUCAUCAGCAUACAUAGAAGCCUUUGCCAUGUUAGAUCUUACUAGGAGACAACAAAGCAGAGAUUAACAUAAAAGAACAAGUGUAUUUUCUGUUUGAAGCAUCGUCAAAGGAAUAACCCUGUAAUGCUGUCCUGGAACAUUAUUUGAUGAAAUGUGUCAGUUCUUGUUCUGAUCAAAACACUUGGAGGCAGUGUACGUGUUAGACGUUACAAGGUGGUAGCCAAGCAGAGAUGAACAUAAAGGAACAUGUAAUAAUAAUGUUCAAAGUGAUGUCAAAGGAACAACCCGGUAAUGCUGUCCAGGAACAUGGAGGGAUCAAAGAACUGUUUUUGUUCCAACUGGUUACUGUGUCAUAGUGUGUCCGAUUUAGCUCAUUCCUUUGUCGUUGGUUCUGUAUGUCAAGCAUGGCCAUUCCCUUUAUUGUACUCUUUAUGCUGAAGGGUGAAUGCUGCAUGGGUGUUGUGUGAAUAUGGAAUGAGAGUAUGAGUAGGGGAAGGAUUACUUUGUUGUCUCAGUGUUUGUCUCAAAUGUUGCCUGUGCUUACUGAAUUAGUCAGAUACACAUGGAGUCACUUCACUGAGGACAGUUUUACCACUUAUACCCAUACUUUCAUGAAGCACAAGUAUGUGGACGUGUUUUCUGAAUGUCUGUUUUAUAUAUAUAUAUAUGUAUAUGAAUAGCUGAAUGGUGUUAUGAUAAUUAUUGUAUUAAUGACUUCUGUUAUAUCUAUUUUAGGAGACAAGUGGAUAGGGUUUUGAGUAGUUUGGUCUUUCUACCUCUCUUCAUUGUUACAAUUGCCUUGAUCUGUUCCUGGUGAAAUCUGGGGUUGUCAUUUUGUUUCUACCUUCUCAACAAUUCAGUGACAAAAUCAUGUUAAUGGAUGGUUGGCAGGUGCUCUGGCGUGGAUUGCUCCUUUUUUCCUAUCAAAUAUCCACCGCCUUUAUCUCUCCUCCUUUUAAAAAAAAUUUUUUACUCUCUUUUGACACCUCUAAUCUUCAGCACUUUUAUGAAUUUAUGACCUACAUGUAUUUGUGUAGCAAGUGCCAUAAGAUCCUUACUGAAACGGAAAUAAAAUUUAUGUUAGCAUCAUGUAAGCUCUGCAUCUGCUGCAGCAGAUUUAUUUGUCGUCUGAUGAUGUGACAAAAACUGGACAUACACUAAUCUAACUACUUUAUGGCCCCUUGAAUGGACAUAUUUGUUGAUGAAAACUGUUAUUUGCUCUGAACCCAAGACUUGAAAGCCCUUUUCUCUGAAAUGUUAAAAUAUUCACUCUCAUCAAACGAUCUGGCUGCUAAUCAUGUAUUUGAUUUAGAUUAAUGGAUUGAAUAUUGUGACCAUGGAAGAAAGGGCUGGGUGCUAAUUUUUAUGUCAUUAUAUUUCUACAAAAUUAUAUGAAUGUUAGAACCAUUAAAUCCAAGCAUAUUACAUACUCCUGCCUUUUGGAUUACAUAGUCCCCUUAUUGGCAUAAAGUGCAAGUAAGCACUGACUUUAACUCUUUAUCUCCGAGGGGGGCUAACCCACUACACCUGGGCCCUUUUUUGUACUAAAUCUAAAAAUGACAAAAACGUCACUAAAUGGAUCAUUAAAUCGAAACUAUCGAACCUAUUAUGAUAGUAUUUCAUCUAAUGAAUAAACUUCCGGUAAAAGUAACCUGUGUUCGGCAGUUGCCGAAAAGUAAUUUGAUGUCGAAGUCGUCGUAAAGGAAUUUGCCCGAGCCGCUGUCUGCGGCUCACCGGCACAGCAGUUCCGACUGCAAACCCCUGGGAGCGGCUUGCCGGAGAUAAAGAGUUAAGAAGUAAGUUUUUUUCUAUAGGCUAUCCAGUAACUGUAUCUUUUGAACUCAUAACUUACCUGUUGACUGCUUUUAUCGCUGCCUUUGUUCUUAAUGCAGUAAAUAAUAAAUACUUUACAAUUUGUAUUUUUUUGCUUCUAAGAUUUUUAAUUGAUGGCUCCUUGACCCAAUCCUUACUAACUGCAGCUCAGGAGUUCACCAGAAGAAGCUAAGAGUUGUCACACUAGGGCUUUUUUGUGUUGAGAAUUAGCAGUGUCAAAUCGAGUCUCCUAGGUGCGGCAUGUUGCAUGUUUCUUUGGGUCGCAAAAGAAAGAAUAAGGUUAAGAAGCAUUGUUGAGCUUUAUUAGGUUUUUAUCUAUGAGCUCUGUGUGUAAAAUGUGGCCACAGUGUAAAAGUUAAACAUUGUUCAGUAUAGUCAGAUCUAUAGUUGGCGACCUUCCUUUGCGCUUAUAAAUGGUGACCGACUUAGGCAUGUUGUCUUGUGUACCAAAUGAUGUAAAACUCUUACUAAAACUGAAUUUAAUUCUAAAAAGACAAGUAAAUGUCAUCAUGCCAGAAACAUACAGUAAUUUAUAAGUCAUUUCUGAUAAUGACAAAGGUCUUUUUAAAUUGAUGAUUGUGUACUGUAUUAGUUUGUACAUUUUCAGCCGCAAUGUAGAAGUGCAUAUUUUUGAGGACUCAAAAAAACUUUACAUUAACUCCCCUUUGCCAGUCUGUUUAAUAGAAAGGCGUUUAAUCUUUACCUGUUUCUUUUUUGGGUUGUUUUGGAUAUUGUGUACUUUUUUUCCAUUUUCCAUUAUAAUGCGCAAAGAUAGCCUUUUGUCUCUGAGCUCCCAGAAAAAUAGGCCGUCUGAUUGUGAAUGGCAACUUUUUCAGUGUUGUCAUGGCUAGGGCUUCAUUUCUUGUGGUUGUGGUUGCAUUUUUGGGGUGUCACUAUAAUGGAGGUCAGAUGUAAAAGAAAACCCAUUUCCCAAAGAAGUUAACUUAAACAGAUAGUUGCCUUAUUCUAUAGAAGUUGUCGCCCGCAUCAGUUUCCCCUCUAUGUACCUUCUGUCCAGUCCUGUCAGAGAUUGAUGUUGAUUACAUGAUACAUGGAGAUACUGAAACUUUUGAAAUGAGCUCUGAUAAUGCUCAUUUUUUUCUUUUUUUUUUAGUCAGUACCCAUUUUACAGUUUGGAGGGCCUUAUUUGUUGGCGUAUGUACCAAUAGGCAUAAUGGACAAUACGUAAGCUAUGUACACUUUUGUACUGGGUGGAACAAAGAUUCUGUGACACCAGCUUGUGCAAUAGAUCAUGGCUACUUUCAGAAGUGAGAGAAGGCAGAGAGUUGUUGUUCCUAGUAGACCAUGCAGAUGUUUUCAUGGAAUGACUAUACUUUUCUGUCAUUUAUUUUUGUGUUUGAUGCCAAGACUUUUUAUAAGUAGCAUAAUACCACACAAAGAUGGCUAAAUUAUUUAAGCCAUUGCAAAUUAUUUCUCUCUUCACUUUUUUCUUUUUUUCUUUCAACUGCUCCAAGGUAACAAUGUUUUCUUUGACACUAAUACUUGAUGAGUAUAGCUUUAUGACAGGCGUACAUGUGUGUGUUUAUGGCCUGAUACCUGGGGUGUGCCUUUACCUCAGAUAGCAGUACAUGUAUCAUUUUGAAAUGUAAAACCCUAGAUUACUAUCUCUACCCCAGUAACGGCCUCUUAAGUAAAUAAUCUAAUAAUGCUGAUAGAGGCAUUAGUUAAACCCUUACUCUUACUUUACUUUUCCCUGGUAAAGAAUUCCUCAUUCUCUAUAUCAACUUACUUAUCAAGUAUAGAAUCAGUGACAUGUGUAGAUGCCUGUUAAUUCAGGGAUACUGUCUUUAGAAACUACCCUUACGGUGUUGAAAUAAGCUUUUUUUAAUAAUCACAUUCCAUCAUACGUCUGAAGCUCAGUACACUGAUGUUUUCAAGUUGACACUCAUUCAAUAUAAAAAAUGUGUUUGGCUUUUUUGUCCCUACCUGUUACUUACAAAUUAUAUUCUCCAACUGAUGGACUGAUAUUAAACUUAUCGUGUAUGUCAUGUAUACAUUUCUUUAGUAGAUAUUUUCAAGGGAACAUAAAUUUAAUUGACUGAUGUGUCCUGUUGACUUUCCAGGUUUAUUAUGUUUUGUCAGCUGUUUUGUUUUGUUAUUUUAGGCAUUUUUACAGUAUUUGUGUGAAAUUGUAUUAUCUCAGACAAGACAUGAUGAGGUAAACUAUUUGGCUACUGAUUGAAUUUU